AUGGCCAUGGAAGCUUACGCGGCAGGAGACCCUGACAAAAUCCAAACUGACGUCCUCUCAAAAGCCAGAGAAGCUUGCUACAAGGCUCGCGAUGCUUUCUACGCGUGUUUGGAAAAAGAAUCCGACAAGAAGCCCACUGUUGCUUCGGUUGGUUUGUUAUACCCUGUGGAAUGCAAACAAUCCAGGGCUGAAUUUGUCAAACAAUGCCGUUCUUCUUGGGUGAAACAUUUCGAUAGGCAGUUCUGUCAGAACAGGAGGGUUCAGAGGCUAUUGGAUGAUAAAGGGUCGAGGAGAGGGGUGUAGCGAUCGUCUUGGCCCCUGGGGAAGAUGGAAGUGAUCGUCAUGAUCUUUCCAUGCGUGAAUGUGGCAUAAUUAUCUAAGUCAUAGGCUGGAACAAGUUCUAGAACGGUUUUGAUGAUUUGCAGUGUUGCUGCAUUUUAAAUUGUUGGCUUCAUCUGUCCUUGUGGCAGUAAUAAUUUAUUGAACCUGACGAUUUGUAUUUCUUGUCUUAAGAUUGACUGUUCAUAAUGUACCCGCUUCAAUACAUUUGUAAAUUUUUCUUUUGUUCUCAUGGUUCAUGUACUUGGGGCUACUAAAAUAUUGGGCAUUGGUAAGAGGAAUAACUGAGAACCCUCAUAAGCUUUGGGCC